ACUCUCUUCUUCCUCACUCUCCCGCCGGCGUCAGCUAAAAUAGUACUGUUUUGCGGAGAAGAACUCUCGAGAACUGCCACGUCGCAGUGAUCGGACUACGACACCUUCUUCACUCUUCUUCCUUCUUCUUCUCUCUCGCUUUUUGAUUUCUCUGUUAUUUUAAUUUUAACCGCUAGAAGUCUUAUCUUUGAUUGUCCCGGGGAAAAAGAUGGGUGAAGAAGCUCGAGCUUUAGAUAUGGAGACAAGCGAAGAGAACACGACGAGACGAAACCAUACCGUUCAUGACUUGAUGGUUGAUUUGUACCCACUAAGCAGCUACUACUUUGGUUCUCGAGACGCUCUUCGCGUCAAGGACGAGAUUAUCUCUGAUCAAGUCACCAGAUUGAAAUCGAAUUAUGCUGCUCAUGGAUUGAGGACUUGCGUUGAAGCUGUUCUUCUGGUUGAGUUGUUUAAGCAUCCUCAUGUAUUGCUUCUUCAGUAUAGAAACUCCAUCUUUAAGCUUCCUGGUGGUCGUUUAAGACCUGGAGAAUCAGAUAUUCAAGGUCUGAAUCGGAAAUUAGCAUCAAAGCUUUCAAUUAAUGAAAACGUGGUUGUUCGAGAUUUGGAGGUAGGAGAAUGCAUUGGAAUGUGGUGGAGACCCAACUUUGAGACUUUGAUGUAUCCUUUCUUGCCGCCCAAUGUGAAACAUCCAAAGGAAUGCUCAAAGCUUUUUCUUGUUAGAUUACCGGUACAUCAACAGUUUGUCGUCCCAAAAAACUUCAAACUCCUUGCUGUUCCGUUGUGCCAACUUCAUGAAGAUGAAAAGACUUAUGGGCCGAUCAUAUCGCAAAUUCCCAAGCUGCUUUCGAAAUUCUCCUUCAACAUGAUGGAGAUAUGAAUAAAUCUGGUGAUCAUUGCCUCUCUCUAGUAGCUGUUCCCACGCCAUAAGAUCAUAUCCUUUGUUGAGCCUCUGUGGCUACGAUAUAAUGUCUAUAUAUAGUAGGUUCAUAAGAGUUUGUAGCAUGUGAUAUAUAUAUAUAUAUAUAGACAAUGUUAAAUAACAUCUUGUUCUUGUUGGUUAGAGAGUAGACAUGAAGGUAUAGAUGAGAGUGGUGUUAGAUUAUUUUAUACGAAACAAUUUUUUUUUUUCUUUUCGUGUGAUUUGUUUGAAAGUAUGACUGAACUUAUACACGUGUAAAGCAUAUUUGUAAUUUCUUGUUGCAGAAAAAGCUUAUUAUAUUCAAA